AUGCUGGCAAAAUUUGCUCGUUUACCCUCCACGUCCUUAUUCCGUCAAUUUUCAACAAGCACUAUCGUAUUUCAACAAUCUCAUGCUGGUGCCUCAUCAACUACACAGCAGUCAAGCGGCUCGGGUUCUGGAAAAGAUCAACGUCAAGGACAACAGGGAGAGAAAAACGUCACUGAUAAAGUGAAGGAGGGUGUGAAAGACGUUGUGCACAAAGCUAAAGAUAUAUUAAGCGGGGACAGUGAUGGAGGAGAUCGAAGUGGUAGCGAUAGUAAAAAAGGUGGUAAUGUAGUGAAAAUGUCAUCUGAACCAGCGUCGGCGUAUUCGUCAUAUCCCGAUUUUUCUCGGCGAUUUGGUCCAACUGUUAUUGAUGGUGUUCGUGAAGGUAUAGAGAAUAUUCAAUGGCGUAAAGAAUGGCAAGGAAAACGAUUACUUCCACAUGAUCAAUGGCCUGAACGUGAUUUAGUUAAUUAUCCUCCGUAUCAUGUUAAAGAUGCACCGUCGAAAGUUCGUUGGGGUUUCGUUCCAGACUCAUGGUUUACAUUUUUCUAUGAGAAAACAGGUGUCACAGGACCCUAUAUAUUCUUAACAGGUGUACUCAUACAUGGUUUUUCGAAAGAAUGGAUUGUUUUGUGGUAUGAUUUUAACGAAUAUUUAGCAUUAGCAGUGGUCGCAGUUGUUCUCAUGAAAAAACUUGGUCCAUUUUUAGCUGAUUUCAGUUCAUCUAUAACACAAAAAGAGGUCGAUAUAAUUGUGAAGGGUACUCAACAACAAAAAGCUCUAACCGGUUUGGCUAUAUCCAUUUAUGAACAACAAAUUGAAAAUGCAAAAUCGAUUGAUCUAGCUACCGAAGCAAGAAAAGAAAUUCUAAAUAUGCAAUUAGAAAUUAUUUAUAGAGAAAGAAUGAAACAGAUGUAUGAUGGAGUGAAGCGACGACUAGACUAUCAAAUUGCAUUACAAAAUGCUCGUAAAGAUUUUGAGCGUACAAAUAUGAUUAAUUGGAUAACGAGUGAAGUACGAAAAGCCAUAACACAAAAGCAAGAACAAGAUAUGGUACAACAAUGUUUACAAGCAUUAAAACAAAUGGCGACCAACACCCGACAAUAA